CCGGCCGCGCAGCUUUCCCCGAGGUUCUUCGCCCCUGCCUCACCGCGCUCCGUCCGCGCCGCGGGAAAGCGUGGUUUCGGCGAGCGUGCUCGCGUCGAGCGCCGGCGUCCGUGGAGGCACACCUCGGUGCACGCCGGCGUGCGGAGAAGCCACGAUGCUGACCUGCGUGUUUUCCUGUGCGGUUUCCGCCGCCCUCGUUUGGGAGGGUCCAUCGGGUGCUUGUUAAGGCGAACACGGCGUCGGAGUGGUUGCCCGCUGGUACCACCACGCGAGUAUGCGUUUGCAGUGACUAUAGCGAGGGAAACGAUUGUUGUUACUUGCGACAGCCUCCCUGCCGGUGGAUGCCGGUGCGUGCGGGCGACGAAGUUCUCCUGCCGGACACUGUCAGUGAUGACACCGAUGCACUUGUGGGAUAAGAGCUCGGUUUCUUGCAUCAGCGUAUACGGAGACAGCCGCGGACACUACGAGACUAAAGCGUGGUCGUUGGCAUUUCAGUGAAAGGGAAGGUCGCAUGCUUGUUGCACAGUGCCGCCACCGCAGCGACCUGUCGUACUCUUGGGCGCCGCGAGGGCCGAUGGCGAAACGCGGGAACACAGACGACGUCUACAGUCAAAUCGUCGAUAAGGACAUGGUGCUAGUUCCCAACAGGACACGCCUUCUCGCAACCAUGUUCAGGAUAACAAUGCUUCAGCUGUCGCUGCGUUUCGUGUUCCCGCUUGUACUGCUGUCUUCGACGAUGGCAUCGUGUUCUGCGAAUGAGCUGGCACGACCGGUGUUCCUCGUGGAACCUCCAAACCGCGUGGUGUUCAGCAACGCCACCGGUGCCCACGUUCCUUGUUCAGUGUCCGGGUCGCCGCGACUCCAGAUCACGUGGCACACGCACCAAGGUCAUGCUAUUGACUCUCAGACUGGUGCUGUGGCCGCGAAAAGCACCACCGCCGCCACCUCGGGCAAGGGCGGCUCGGAGGACGUCCUGGUCGCCUCGGCUACUCCGAACGGAUUACGGCGCGUGCUGCAGGACGGCACCCUCGUGUUCCGGGCAUUCGGAGAGCGCGAGUAUGCGGCCGAAGUGCACCAUGCCACGUACCGCUGCUCGGCCACCAAUGGUGUCGGCACCAUCGUCAGCAGGGACGUCAAGGUCCGAGCAGUGAUCCUGGAAGAGUUCGAGGCGCACGUGCACGAUGACUACGUGCCGCGAGGCAACACGGCGCUGUUCCGCUGUCACGUUCCUAGCACGCUGCGACAAUACCUCAGCGUCUCCUCGUGGACCACGGAGGACGGCCUGGUGAUCGGAAGGCACGAGACGCAGUCGCCGACUGAACUAGGACCCAAGUACCGGGUGACUUCGGACGGCGACCUGUGCGUGUUCGGGGCGACGGACGCAUCUGACGCAAGACAUCGCUACCGCUGUCACGUCCGACACCGGUUGACUGGCGACAUCCGGCCCAGCGUCAGUGCCGGCAGCCUAUUUGUCACGGAGCCCAACGGCAAGCUGGCACCGCGGAUCCUGAAGGGCCAGGCGUCGGUCGAGGCCGCGCUGGGCGAGGACGCCGAGAUGCCGUGCCUCGCCCGCGGUCACCCGGCGCCCACCACCCGCUGGUUUCGGCGCUCACCACGUGGAACACUGGUGCCCGUGCGGUCGGGCUCGCUGCAUCUUCCGGGUGCACUGCUGCUCCGCGCGGUCAGGGAGUCCGACCAGGGUCGCUACACUUGCUUGGCCAACAACAGCGUUGGUGAAGACCGCACUGACACCGAGCUGCUCGUCAGGCCGAACGCUAGCGUCGUGGUCCUGCCCGAGGAGGCCAGGGUUGAGCUGGGCCGAGCGGUAACGUUCAAUUGCUCAGCUCGCGGCUUCCGUGGAGCGGUCGCCUCCACCUGGUGGCUGCACGACGGCGCGCCCCUCAAGGCCAACCCUCCGCGCGUCGCGCUGCGCUCGGAAGACCAGCGGCUGCACAUAGCCAGCGUGCAGCGGGAGGACGCAGGCAUCUACCAGUGCUUCGUGCGCUACGGUGACGCCACGGCCCAGGCUAGCGCCCAGCUCAGGCUUCGCGAGGUCCACUCAAAGCGGAGCGUGCAAAACCGUGUCAGCCGGCGAUGGAAUGGCCAGAACAGCUACCUCAAGUCGAGAAAAGAGACGCCUCCCGAGCUGAAGGCCGUGUUCACGCGCAAGCUGGUCGAUCCGGGCGAGCGAUUCUCACUCCGCUGCGUGGCCUCUGGCAAUCCGCUGCCGCGGGUCACGUGGGCUCUGGACGGCGGCAUGGUAGGAGAGAGCCACCGAGUGCACUACGGCGACUUCGUGAGCUCAGCGGGCGACGUCAUAAGCUACGUGAACGUGACGUCGGCGACGCGCGAUGACGGUGGCCUUUACCGAUGCGAGGCCUCGAACGACCUGGGCACGGCGUGGCACGACGACCGCAUCGACGUCCGGGGUCCGCCUCGAGUGCGGCCCAUGGCCAACCUUACCGUGACCUCCGGCACCACACUGGUGUACCACUGCCCUUACACGGGUCAUCCGGCGCCCAAAGUCACGUGGAGUCGAGGUGGGAGGGAUCUUCCACACAACGAGAGGCAGCGUGCCUUCGAAAAUGGCACCAUUGUCAUCACUGACGUCACGCGUGAGGCGGACGAAGGCGUCUACACGUGCCGGGCUACGACCUCUAAGCAGGAAGACAGCAAAGAUCUUAAUGUCAAGAUUAUCAAAAAGACGGUUCUCAACCCGUUCAACUUCCCCAAGACACUCGCCGAAGGGAUGCAGGUGGUGAUCACCUGCUCGGUGCGCUCUGGCGACACGCCCAUCAAGAUCUGGUGGCUCAAGGACGGCGUGCCCUUCAGCAAGACGCAGCUGAACAUCCAGGAGGCGUCGCUGGGGGACCUCGGCUCGAACCUGGUCUUCAAUGAGGUGGGCCGCGCGCACAACGGACGCUACACCUGCGUCGCGGAGAACGACGGCGGAAUCACGAACCACACGGCCGAGCUGGUCGUUUUCGUACCGCCAAAAUGGAAGAUUGAACCAAGCGACAAGUCCAGCAUCGUCAGAUCGAGGGUUACUUUUGACUGCCAAGCGGACGGCCAUCCACCACCACUCAUCCGAUGGAAGAUAGCCCUCGGAGACGAUGCGGGCAAGGCGUUUAAAUCCAUAAUCAGCAAUUACCAUAUGCAGAUGUUCGAAAAUGGUUCGCUCAUAAUCAACGACGUCGAGCCCAAGGAUGCCGGGCAGUACCUCUGCGAGGCAACGAACGGAAUCGGGGUCGGUCUCAGCACCGUCGUUCGUCUCUCGGUUCACGUGGCCGCCCAUUUCAAAGUAAGCUACCAGGCCCUUCGUGUCAACAAGGGUGAACAAGCGAGGCUUAUAUGUGAAGCUUACGGAGAAAAACCGCUCACAAUAACGUGGAAGAAAGACAACAUGAUCCUCGAUCAUCGCUACAUAUCAAGUUUCACCCAGGAUGACACACCAACCCCGGAUGGUCUGACUUCAUCGCUUCUCUUUGCUGCCACCGAAAGAAGUGACUCUGGCCUGUAUACCUGCCUUACCACAAACAAGUUCGGAAAGGAUGAAACCAACAUCAAAUUACUCGUACAAGAGACACCUGACCCACCUGAUGACAUUCGAGUCGCGGAAGCUACCAGUCGACGCAUCUCACUGCGCUGGAACACGCCUUUCAAUGGGAACAGUGACAUACUCGGCUACUUCGUUCAGUGGAAGGAAGUUUCCGGUUCCUGGCAGAAGGAUUCUCGACACAUAGAGGUACCUGGUUCUAACACGUCAGCUGUGUUGGAUGACUUGGAGCCCAUCACUGCCUACCACCUACGCGUUCUCUCUGUGAACAAGUUCGGAAGGAGUGAGCCCAGUCCCAUGAUUUCUGUUACUACGGACGAAGAAGUGCCUUCAAAACCGCCUGAGGACUUGGUUGUUGUGCCAGUGACUUCACAAACCCUGAAGGCUUCGUGGAAGCCCCCUCCGAACUUUUCGGCCCAUGGACGGAUCCGCGGCUAUUACGUCGGCUACAAGCCAGUCGGAUCGGGCGAGUCCUUUGUCUACAAGACCAUUGACGUUUUGGACGGCUUUGUGCCUGAAAUCAGCAUCAACAACCUGAAGCGCUCUACCAAAUACAGCGUCAUUGUGCAGGCAUUCAACGGGAAAGGCGCAGGGCCACCGUCUACAGAAAUCACUGCUCAAACUUUUGAACAUGAUCCUCCCCUCCCACCGGUGAUCCACGUUGUCUCAACCUCGGCGAGUGCCGUCACCGUGUCGUGGGAUCUGUCGGCGAAAGAAGCGAAGCCCAUUACAGGGUUCGUGCUCUACUGGAAGUCCGAGACGGGCGACUGGAGCGAACAGGGAGUGGACGGAGCGGCCACGUCGCACACGUUUCAAGACCUCAACUGUGGCACACGCUACCAUUUCUACGCAGUGGCCUUCAACGACGUGGGACGAAGCGAGCCCAGCUCCAGCGUCAGUGCCACUACGUCUGGAGGAGCUCCCUUGGCACCGGAGAAAAGCGAGCUGCUUUCCAGCAACUCCAGCGCAGUGCAGCUGAACCUGCGCUCUUGGAAGGACGGCGGCUGCCCGAUCCGCUUCUUCACGCUGCAGUACAAGCUGCGCGGAGAGCGGGAGUGGACUCCCGUGCCGGAGACCAUCGAUGCGGUUGCCUCUGAUACCUACGCGCUCGGAGGCUUCCACCCGGGAGCGUGGUACCACCUGCUCAUGUCCGCCUCCAAUGACGCCGGCUCCACCGAGGCGCAGUUCGUCUUCGCCACGCUCACUGCCGGAGGAGCCACUAUACCCCCUAUGACUCUGCACCCCGAAGAGAGCACGGCGUUUCCUCGGAGCGUGACCCUCGUGGUGCCCAUCAUUUGUGCCUUCAUUGUAGCGCUGGUCAUCGGUGCCGUGGUCUACAUGAUAUGCAACCGCCGAACGAGAACCCACGAUUACAGUGCCACUGCUCAAGUUUCUGAGCGUGCGUGUGGCGGUGACAUGAAGGGUGACUCCAUCUCAAUGACAUCCGUUGGCAAGAAAGUGUACGAGGCACCCCGCGGUGAUCCUCUCUACUUUCCCUCGCCCUACGCCACCACGCACAUUUCUGUGUACUCCGGGGACGCGGACUCACCAUCGAGUGGUGCGCACCGGGGCCACCCGAACGCGGCGAUGGGUGGCGGCGGUGGUGGCGGAGGCGUUACUGGCGACUGCGGUCCACUCACAGGUCGACCUGAACACACCUAUGACGUGCCAUUCCCACCAAAACAGUUUCCUGCGCAGAUGCCCCGAGAGUUUGAUGAUGGAGAUCCACAUUACACAUCCAUCUUCAGGACCAACCAGAACGGUACGACGGAUGGGGAAGGGCACUGGGACGAGCUCCUCUUAGAACGAGCAUCGUACAACGCAACCGAAGCGAGGUAUGAUCGGCUACCGAGGCAGCAUUUCAGCCUGUAUGGACAAAAGGCAGAGCAGAAACCUACAGAGAGGAUCUCUGACGAGGACAGCAACCUGGACGAAGGGGAGAACCGGCCGUUUGAAGGCAACACUGCCACGUCGGAGAACUUAGAAAUGUCUGAAGCCGAAUGUGACCGAGACUUUCAGAUAUAUUCUAAAAAGGGCCGAAACCUCUCGCUCGUGCAGUACGGAAAGACGAGACCCGCGCACGCCGUGUCCUACGUGACGUACCACUGAGACGUCGAGCUGAAGUGACUGCGCAUAUGGAUGAGAGAUCAUCGGUCGAUGCCCGAGUGUCACCCGGAUUCCAACGUCUUAAAACGGCGCCCAGGAGAAAUCCCCCAGACGGAUGCUUCAGCUCAAGCAGAUGGCCGUGCUGGUGCACGCGACUUGAACGCCGUAUUGCAUGCAAUGUGCUCACUCGUGAACAACUACUGUGAUAAGUGAGUGGAAGGGGUCGAGCUGUUCACACCAGAGCCAUCGACGGGUCCUGUGUCCGCGGCGAGCGAAAAAAAAAGAACAAUGAAGAAGAGAAUCAAAAAAGUACUUCUGUGAAGUUUGUGAACGUUGUUGAGACGCCGCGUUUAACCGGUUCCACUGAGCGGACGUGUGUUUUUAUUGUAUUUCACUGUUCGAAACGACCCUUACGGAGUGAGCGAGGAACACUGCAGCGCCGCCUUGAGCUUUGCGCUUGCUUGCCAGCGUUGGGUCAUCUGUUGUGCUUCCAUAAAGACGACGUGACAGCGCGCCCACUUGUAAAAACAAGACACAAGAAAAAAAAAACCGGUAACUCAAGCACAAGGUGCUGAGCUUGUUCACAGUUUGUUGUUGGACGUUUCAACGUUUGUAAAACUUACCAGAAGCACAUGAACGAUUAUAUAGAAAAAGAUCGUGUGUGUCACGUAAAGUGAUGUGUUGGACUGCAAGUUAGAGAUGCAUUUCCGUACAUUUUAUGUGCAGAACAUAUAGAAGAAACGAGAGGAAUUUCUCCUUCCCGCACAUCUCCCGCGUUAAAAUACAUCAUGUGUUAAUGCUAUCGAAACUGGAAAGAUCUCUGUGAAACUUUUUUUCACCAACUGGUCUGCUCAAAUAGCACGUUCUUUUUGUGCGAUCAUUAUUUGUAGUCUUGUGUCACCCAGAAGGAAGCCUGUUGGUCUUCUUUAUUACGAAAUGUUGAUGCCGCACUUGGUGGUUAGCGCUGUUAUCAAGCUGUUUCUAUCCUUGAAAACUGCCAAUCAUUAUAGACUCAUCGCUGACCGUCAGUGUCAACAGCCCCGAAAAUUGUACCCUGCCGUUAUGCGCAGGCAAUGUACCAGUGCAAAGAGAUUGGAGAUCGAAACCCUAAGGACGCGCUUACGAUGACUUGUGCCAGCACACACUAACAGCCUAAAAGAUUGUGCGCUUUGUUCACGAGUGUUAACGUGUUUAUGAUGUUGUCUUGCCAUUUUUUACGUUUGUUGACAUCGAACGCAGAGGCAGCAUUUACAGUAAAGUGAUUUGGAAAAUUCCUUUUGGAGAAUAGUGUUGUCCUUGCAUUUUCAGCAUCCCAGCAACGUGAACACCAAACGUAAUAGCAUUGUGCACCACUGUAAUUUUGUCUCUACUUCGCAGCUAAAGAAAGAGGUCAUGGUUCUUGCUUGAGCUUUACGAUGCAGCCAGGUACCCUAUUACCUCGAAAAUAAGCCGACGUAGGCCUAAACGACGUCCGAUUUCUUUUUAUUUCUAUCUUUGUCUAUUACUUAAGAUUUCAGGGAGGCGAGUUAAAGAAAGAAGUAAUUCAAAGCUGGAGCAUAAUGGAAUAUGUAUAUGCCUAUGACGAAAAAUAUGCCGCCGAGAAAUAUUAAAUCAGUGUGUGGUCGGGUUCUUACGUGCAUGUCAUAAAACUUUACAUACUACACAAAAGCAUCGCUUGGAAUCAAUUUAUCGAGAGUGAAUGAAGCAUCUAGCAAUUAAAUUGAGCCCUUUUCUGAUGAAAAAUGAGGGGGUUUCACCCCAAUUCUCAUAGCUUAAUCAAAGAAAACAAAUGUGGCAAUUUCUAUUGCAUCACAUGAAGAUACAACGCAUGCGCGCUUAUGCCUGCUUUCUUUAUAGAAUUCCUUCAACAUCACGCGCUUAAUAUAUUGUGACCAUGGUUUCUCCUGUUUCGAUUUCUUCGUUUUUCUAGUCGCAAAGCGACGACAGACACCACUGUAGACACACCUUUGGAGAACAUUUUUCACUAAAUAUUACAACUAAUUUUUAGGUUUUUUUAUAUUAAUGCGGCAACAUCCUGUUAAGCAUCUAUCCCCGAAGUGUGCGCUUCGCCAGGGGGAUUUAUGGUCCCAAUUGUCUUGGCGAAGGCAAGUAAACAAUGUAACAUUGUAGGAAAUCGUAGAAACGAAAAAAAAACAUGAAACAAAGGUGAUAAAAUAAAAAUUUUGUUCGAUUUGAAGACAAUAACUUUUAUGUUUCUUUUCAUAAAACUCGCUGUUCAUUUUUCGGCGGCACAAUUAGAAGGCUAUUUCGUUUCCUUCCUCAUUCAACACAUUUCUUACGGAAAUUCUUUAUGGCCAAGGCAAAGCCGCUUUUUUUUUUUUGUUCUGUGGAAAGUGAACGAGCAUGUGCUGCGUCCUUUUUAGUGGUAAAAAAACUGCCCUGCGAAAACUUUCCGCAUCGUAAGGCAAGUCUAGUCAUGGAAACAUUGCAACGAGGCAUACCAUCCAUGGUCAUUGACCAUCUAGUCAUUGAAACGUCACCAUGUUGCACUGCCCACUUGGUCAUCGUAGUGAAUUUUAGGCGUUUGAAAUCUUUCGGCUGAUUUUCUGUGUUUUUCCAGAAUGACCCACGUUCUUAUGAACACGACCAUAAAUGCAGUCGCCACAAUUCCCGAUCAGAGAGAUCACACGUUUAUUAAUUUUCUUUCUGAACGCAAUUUGCCUACAAAAUUCAGGAACAUGAAAUGGUGCCUUUCCAUUUGUGUCACAGAAAGCAUGUAUAACGUUGAUAUGCUGUAAUAUGUACAUUGUUUAUAAAAGAUGGUUCAUUAAAACAUG